CCCACUGUUGUGGCGCUGCCGCCUCGGCCUCGACGGCCACCGGCCCCCGGCGUCCCGCAACCGCGAGCCAAACCCUAGAGGGCGGCGAGAGACGCGAGGGCUGGCCCGUCGCCGCAUUGGCCGCCGCGAGCGGGCCCAGUAGGUGUCCCUCUCCGGCAAUGCGAUGCGAGCAGAGGUGAGGGCGGGGGGCGGAGCGUGCACGCGACCAACUAGCGAGGCAGCGAGCGGGGAGGACAGAGGAGCGCCCGGUAGCACCUCAUCUUCGGUCGCCCUCACCAACAAGUAGGGAUCUGUAAUCUGUUCCACCGCCACCACCACCACCUCCGGCGGCUAGACAUGGGCAAGCGAUUAGACUAUGAACAAACUAAGCACAUCGACACAGGGGAGGCCAUCCACUCCGACGCCUUCUCUGCUGGUGGGUACAUGUGGAGGCUAGACUGCUACACAUAUGGGGACGGUGAGUGUGAUGACGACGACUAUCUCUCUGUCUUUGUCGAGCUGCUGACCGAAUUCACAAGUGUCAAUGCCAUCUUUGAGGUCUUCUUAAUGGACAAGGAUGGCCAGCCAUGUUUACAGGAUACACAUUGGUCUUGUUUUCAUCUGUUCAACAGGGACAAAAAUGCUGGCACGGGCUGGAGUCAGUUCAUUUCACGAAGUGAUCUGGAGGAAUAUUGCCUGACAGAGGGACACAUCACUCUUAUAUGUGCAAUCAUAGUCAUUCGUGACAUCCCUAGUCCUGUGCUGGGCUCUAUUCCUUUUCCGGAUUCAGACAUCGGAAAGCACUUAGGCGCGCUGCUGGAUAGCACAGAUGGGGUGGAUGUCUCGUUCACCAUUGACAGUGAAACAUUCCACGCACACCGAGUUGUGCUGGCUGCCCGGUCGCCGGUCUUCAAGGCUGAGCUCCUCGGUUCCAUGGCCGAGGCUACAUUGUCAUCUAUCACCCUACAAGACAUCACCCCUGCAACAUUCAGACUCAUGCUUCAGUUUAUGUACACAGAUGCCUUGCCUGAGCUUGGGGACUCUCCAACCGAGACACUUCAGCAUUUGCUUGCUGCGGCGGACCGGUAUGCAUUGGACCGGUUGAAGCAUUUGUGUGCCCAGAAGUUGUGGGACAAUGUGUCAGUGGAUAGAGUUGCCACUAUCUUAGCCUGCGCUGAAAUGUACAGCUGCUUGGAGUUGAAGAACAAGUGCCUUGACUUCUUUGCUGCGGAGAAAAAUUUCAAGAAGGCCGUGUUAACCGAGGGUUUUGUGAAGCUGGUGCAGCAGUUCCCGUCCAUUAUCGUUGAGCUGCGAGAGAAGGCUGGGACAUGACAUGGUGUGACAUCCUGAUGUAAUUGCUCAAGCAUUCAAGCAUAUAGCGUUUUGAUUUUUUGCUGACUGCUCCACUGGAUGUUAGAACUGACCUUCUUGCAGCAUUUACUUCCACACAGCUCAGGUGCAGAGAUAUGGUGAUUAUGAAUACUUAGUAGCUCAACUUUUGUUCUCUGUUCUCUACGGCCUGAAGCUUAUUUAUGCUUGAAGCUUUUGAGAUUUUAAUUGCUGCUAUGGUACUGUGAAUUAUUUAGUGUGUAAUGUUAAUUCCAUGAGUGCUAUCUGAUCUUUUGAAGCAUGUUGGAUGCACCUGUACUGUUGUAUCACAAUUCAGCACCAUCUGCAGACUUACAUCUGAGCUUGUACUGUUUAAUUUGUUUGAUAACUGAAACCAAUGGUGGCUUGGUUCGUGAUGUGCA